CCACGAUUCCGGGGCGACAACGGCGCCCAAAUGUCCAAUCAAUAUGGGCGGUCCGAUCCAUCCAAAACGGGGCAAGUUUGUCAACAGUUCUAACUUGAAUAUAUAAAAGACAGUAGGUUUAAGUCAAGAUAAUGUCAGUUAAUUAAAUCACUGUCGUCCCAGAUAGGACGCCUUUAGUCUCAGGUGGAGGCGCACACAUUGCUGUUUUGUAAUAUAACCUUCUCUACUUCCGGAAGUAGUGACGACAUUUUUCCACACGCGAGCGUUGACAGCAGGUGUGGAAUUCAUGGCAAAAAUCUGGUCGAGCUUGAAAUGUGAAUCUGUAACUACAUCUCACCCUCUGUCGAAAGAAGGAUAUUGUGACUUGGCAGUAGGAAGAUACUGAUGCUUGUUUGGGAAUAUCUGCAUUUCUUGCUGUGUUUUUAAUUGGGAAAUUGUUGUUUUAGUUAUGUCUCGAGGUUCAGGAAUUAUUCCAGAUGAGUCCAUCUUUAAUGAGUUCAAAAGACAAUGUCUUUCUACAGAGAAUUGGCUCAACAAGUAUGAUAAAAAUGGCAUGGAGGUCUGGGUCGAAGUGGCCCCUUUAUCCUUCUCUCAAGGAAAUAAAGGCAGUUCCAAAGUGCACACAAUCAAGUGUAGAAUGACCAUAAAUGAUGUGUCGGCUGGCACUAUGUAUGAUGUGCUUCACGAUGGACAGUAUCGGAAGUCAUGGGACCCUACAAUGCUUGAGAGCUUUGACAUCGCCCGUUUGGCACCCAAUGCAGAUCUGGGCUACUAUUCAUGGCUUUGUCCAAAACCAUUGAAGAACAGAGAUGUGGUGACCUUGCGUACAUGGCAGGCAUCAGAGGACGAGUAUGUGAUCAUUAACUUCUCUGUGAAGCAUCCGAAAUAUCCUGCACAUAAGGAUUUGGUAAGGGCAGUUUCCCUUCUGACGGGUUACCUUAUCAAACCAACUGGGCCAAACAGCUGCAUUUUCACAUACCUCUCACAAGCUGAUCCCAAAGGGUCUCUUCCAAAAUGGGUUGUCAACAAAUCAUCUCAGGUCCUGGCUCCAAAAGUCUUAAGAAGUGUUCAUAUGGCAGGUCAAAAAUACCCUGCAUGGAAGGCAGCACAUUCUCCUGAUCACAAGCCAUGGCUGUACCCCAUACAGAGUGAACUGCCCAUGAUGGAUCCAGCAGAGCUGUCCAUCCAGCGUGGAGACUCUCUGGAGAACGUAGAUGAGAGCUCAACCAAAGAUGCCCAACAGAAUGAAAACCGCAGCUAAAAUGACUGUAAAGUCAUGAACAGUUUUUUUUUUUGUAUUUAUUUUUAGACUCCUGUACUGAUCUUGUCCAUGUCACAGGGUCAAUCCUGUUACAUCUCACUUAUGGCCAGCUUUGUGUUGUUGACACCAAACAUUCCUCCCUCUCACACACAGAGAAACUGUUAACAGUCAUUGUGCUCUGCAUUGUAGAGUUUUCAAUUUGGUACCUAUGACUGAUGAAUAACAGGAAUAUUAAUUUUAUAUUUAAAGCAUAGUUUGGCACUCUAAUUCAAUAUUGACAGGCAAUAUAAUUAAUUACCUAAAGUGUCUUUUUUUAAUGGCAGCACACACAUAAUGUAAAGGUGCUUUUUCAAACAAUAUAAAAUACUAUGCAGUUCUGCUCCUUGAUUUAAAACUCUUUUUAAGGUGGCUAAUUAACUUGAAGACUUUUUUGCUUGUUUUGUAAUUUAUUAUUAAAUUAAGCUACAUCUAAAUGACAUUAUGUAAAUGCAGUUGAAAAGGAUGUUUAAUUCUUUGAUUUGUAAUUUUAAUCUUAAUAUAUCUCCAUAGUAGGGGAGAGGUUACUUGCAAUGUUAUGCUUAUGUUUGUGUAUUUAUGUUUGAGUGCCUUUUUGUAAGAAGUGUGUCCAUAUUGGCUUAUGUGAAGAAUGAAUGAUUAACACUAAGCAACCAGAGGAAAAAUUACUUUUAAUAUGACCAAAGCAGUGGUCUUACCUCACAUUUGUUUUACUUGAGAUUCCUGCAACAGGCAGAGGAAAACGCAAGGAAAAGUUAUUGUUGGAGCUGUUCUGUACACUUAAAUUAUGUACAAUGUGUUUUGACCCUUGAACAAGAAAGAAAACCACAUAAUGUUAACAGUGGUGUUUAAUUUCAUGCUGUUUUCCAAAAAUCCUUUCUCACCAAGCAAUUUUCAGUACAAUAAGUUGGAUGCUACCUGUAUUUCAAACCAGUAUUUUUGUUCUGGGGAAGGAUGGAUGUGUCAAUUUGUGUAUUUGAUAUAUAUAUGAAGUCGUCUCACUUGAAGGGUUAUAUGGUUUUAUAUUGUGCAAAUUUUAAAUAAAUGAUAAUGUCCAAAAAAUAUUUAUGAAGACAAUGUUUUUUUUUUUUUAAAUAAGAAUGAAGAAUUUUGAUAGGGUUAUUAAUGACAUUGCAUAAUGUUGGCUCACAUGACCAUUGAUCAAUUCCUAGCUAGGUACAGUUACAUUUGCAAAACAUCUUGGUCCAAGUGUUCCAUAUUGUAAAAUGUAUACUUGACUUUAUUUAUAUAAAAAUUAUGUAAUUCAGUAAAUUCAUUGAAUGUUAAACCUGAAUGUACUUGGAAUUUCCAGUACUACCAUUAAACUGCCCACUAGCAGAGAUGCAUCAUUAAUAUAGCCACACUACCUUACAUUUUAACUGUAAACUUGCCACAGUAACCAGUUUGAAAAAGUCCUGCAACAACAUAGUGACAAAUUAACAUAUUCUCUUCUUUUUACAGUACCUUUCUAGUUACAGAUACUGAUUUAAUUACACUUGCCAGUAGCAACAUAUUUGUCAGCAGGACAUCAAAAUGCAUUUCACUGAUGCAAUCAUUUACUACUUGGCUUCAGAUUGCACAACUGAAACGUAAUCACAAAAUAAGAUUAAAUAGAUCAUAUGAAGAAUAUUAGACGUUGGACAUUAAUCUCAGUUUCAUUUAAUAAAUGCCUGAAAUUGAUUUUACUGAUAAUAAUACACAGAGCAGACCAUAAUUUAUUCGUCAUGUGCCCUAUCACUGUAUACAGUAAUUUAAUUCAAUAAAUAACACUUUCUUUUAAUAUGCAUGUCAUAGAAUAUGCUUAUUUCCCCCAAAGUUAGGUAAAGUCUAAAUAAAGCAGAUUUUGAAUCUAACCUCAAAGGUUUAGCUUUAUUUGCCCUUUUGUUCAGUGAAGAGAGUAGAGAGAGGAUUGAAAAUGAUGGGCAGAGAGAGGGAACAGGGCUAGAUUUAAACUUCAUUCACCUGCAUGAACAUCUCAACAUUGUAGCACAUUUGCCAAAUGCUAGGCCAUGGCUUUGACACAUAGGUAAAGAAUCAGUUAAAAGCCAUGUGUGAAUCUACACAGCUGGCUUUUUCAAAGUGCUGAAUCUUCAAACAAACCCUAGAGUGUUUGGAAAUAUUUUUUUUUUGAACGGGGUCAGCGAAAGUAAUUAGUGAGAGGAAGGCACCAAAUCCUCAUCAGCUGCAUCACUUGUUCCACAUUGAGUCUGUCCUUUGCACUUCAAUAAAUGUCUGGUUUGGUUCAGCUAAGACAUCGGACAUCAGAAGACUACAAAGGACAGUUUGGGCUGCUGAGCGGAUUAUUGGUUGCCCCCUGCCCUCUGUUUAAGAACUGUACACUUC